GGAUCAUUACCAUGCACUAUAACUGGAGGAAAAGGAAAUGAAAUUUGCAGUACCCCUGGGCUAAAAAAUAUUGGAUGUUUUGCAUGGUUUUGCCUUAGUGAUGUUGAUGUCUUUGUGCGAGCGUUACUUGUUUCCUUCAUGCAAGCUAAAGUUUUCAUCGCUUUUGUGACGCAAGAAAAGCUAUGCCCUUCCAAGAAAACAGAGCCAAUCAAGUGAUUUGUACAGGAAUCUCGCAGAUCAUCUUAGGCUGCUCCGUUUUCGCUUUGUGCUUUAUACUCAGCGACAGAAGGAGUGAUGACUUCGGGGAAAUGUUUCAAGCAGGUGCCGCUUAUUGGGGUGCAAUACCGGUAAGAACAUAAUUGAUCUUCAGUGUUCAACUGUCUGGGGGUUUCGAAAAGAAAUAAGUAUUUUCCAAUGUGAAUCUUAGUUUCUACGGUAGUGAAGCGUGUUUUGAUUUCUUUUUAUGAAACAAAUUAAAAGACUUCUUUGUUGCUGUUGUGAUUACAGCUACCUUAAAUGAUAUUUACUUUUAACGUAUGACCACGGCCUACACUAAUUUGAUCCUCGUUAUACUUCAUCUUAGGUUUUGUUCAGUUUUGACCCCUGAUAUUAAAAUUCUUAGUCUCUUUUCGCAUUACGGAGCACAAGACAAAUCACAUGCACUUUCCAAUUAACCAAAACUGAGCCUGCAAUUUUAAAUUUCUCUGCAACUUCAGUAACAGAUGUUUUUGCGUUCAUCCUUUAUUCUAGCGUAUCUGUCUCUUCACAGAGAAAACUCCGUUUUAGUUCUACUAUAAGAUGACUGUUUUUUUUCUUUUUUUAACUUAACUUCCGUCGACCAAAACGUAACUUUGUUUUACAGCCCCAUCCGUGCUCGGAAGCUAUAUUUUCUUAUAGAGAUCGAUUAACUAGGGCAUGUUACCCAAUGCCUUGUUCUUUUCAUGUGACCAAAUCCAAUGUUAAUCUAUAACUCUAAACAAUAACUACUGAAUAAACCAAGACUUUAUUUUAUCAAUCUGACUUUUGAACUAGCUGUUGUAUUAUUUCAGUAGAAAAAAAUGUAUUCAUAGCUAAUCAUGGCAACAAAAAUUUUAAAGACUUUCGACACAAGUUUGAAUAUCUUUGUUGUGAUUCCCUGGAGAAAAACCUUUUUUUAAUAAAUCCACCCGUUUAGUGUCAUUGUUUUUCAGGCAGUCCCUUUAAAUGUCGACUUUUAUUUCACUAUCUUUGUGCAUAGCUCGUUAUUUCAUCCUUUUGGCGAUAAAAAACUCAAGAUCGGCAGGUGUAUUGAAAAACAUGUUUUGCAUAUUAACACUGAAAUUUCUAUUGAAAUCGCACGGCGUGAAACGAAACAUGGACGAGAGCAAACACUUCACUGUACUCAACAAACACAUUAGUGUUUUAUUCAUCGUUAAUAGCUCUUUCUGAAUAAAUUACAACUUCUUUUAUUUCAAUGGUGUAACUGUUUCCUUCGUUGCCAUGUUUCCUUCGUAGCUUUGCCGAUUUAAAUUUAUUGCAAAUUAAGUUUUCUGUUUCUCCACUUUUUUCUUCGUCCACGUUAGCUAUAGCUGGAUAUAAUAAAAGAUUUAAAGCAAUACUGACAGCAAUUAUUCCUUAAAAGGAAAAUGAAUUCUAAGUGGGCUGGCUAAUAUUUGUUAGUGCAAUCUCCCAUGUCGCGCUGAACUAAACUGAUCUUAAUUAAAAUACUAGUUUAUUAGCUGAGGACAUGAAAAAAAAAAACCUGUCGGUGGGGUUCAUGAGUGAACACUUCGCCGAGUUUUUAUCGGGAAGCCACCAAACCGGCAGCCAUGAUAAAGCGUAUAUAAUUUAAUGCCUCAUAAAUUAUCAUGUGGUGGGCCAGAAUUAGCAUUAAAAUUACAGAGUACAUACAGCCGGUAUUAAGUGCUUUGGUUCAAUUUUGUCAUCAAAAUACUCUUACACGGUGACAAAAUUGGUAAAAAUAUUGCACAUAGCAAUGAACUGAGUUAUUGCGAUGACAGUUGAUCGCAGGUGUGUAAUGUUGCGCGUAGGCUACGUGGAAAUUUUGUAUUUGGGAAUCUAGAGGGCGUGUAAUAACAGACUAUCAUUAACUGAGGGGUCAGUAAUGCGUGUGGUAUCCGAAAAGAAGCUUUUAGCACUUUGUAUAUCUCCAGACCGGAAUGCUUGGGCUUCCUGUGAUCAGAGGGGGCUUAGUAGGUCCCCCUUUACAUCUUUAAAACCCUCUCAUGAAAUGACCAAAAACAAUUCACAGAAAAAUAUACUCAUUAUUUCCAACAUCUACAGGUAAAAUUUUAUGAACAAAAUGGCGUAAUGUGGCGUCAUUAAUACUUUAUCAGGUCAGUUGUCACUAAAUGUCAAUUAUUAUUUUGGGUUAUUCUCAUGAAAUAAUAAGUUACCAUAGCAACGAUAUAACACGUGUAUAACACCUAAACAUAGGAGACGUUUGUCGAACCACGAAUUGAACAGCCCGUAAUUUUUUAAAUUAACAUCAUAAAAUGCAACGUUUGCCAUUUAGGAUUAUGCAUUUUUGUGCCAUUAUACCCACGACUGUAAGGAUAGCAUUCAAACACGAAAGAAAUGGUUGAAAAAAAUGAAGAAACAUCUUGAAAUUGAUUUAUUGUGUUUCGUGAUUAAUUUCUUUCUUCUCAGAUCGUUAUAACUGGAUUUUUUGGAGUAGCAGGAGGGUGUACUGGCAAAUUUACAGUGGUAAGAAAAUUUAAUGUGAUGAGGCUAGGUUGCCGGACACCAAGGUUUUUUGUCUUCUGAUGUAAUUUCACGAGCCCUUGUCAUUUGAAGAGUCUUGACUGACACUUUUAGAAAAUCUAUCUAUGCUCUACAUCAUGAAUUCUAAUAUAUGUUAUUAUCCUCCGUUCAAAGUAUCUCGUUUACCGUAAAAUUCCGAAAAUAAGCCCCGGGGCUUAUAUUUUUCAAAGGCCCUUUUUGAGGGGCUUAUUUUUGGAGGGGCUUAUAUUCGGAGGGGCUUAUCUACGGAGGGAAAAUUGUGUUCCAAAAUCGAUUGGGCUAGCCUUAUAGUUGGAACGAAAUUGACCGUUUUUGCUUUAUUUUAAAUUGUAUUUUAGGGCAAUUUCCAAGUACAAGCCCCCGGGGGGCUUAUAUUCGGAGACGCGAUUUAACGGAGGGUUUUUUGCGAUACGAGUUUGGGGCUUAUAUUUGGAGGGGCUUAUACAUGGAGGGGCUUAUUGUCGGAAUUUUACGGUAUUUCUUUUUGGAUCUCUGACCAGACAUGUCUUUUCUUGGCUGCUGCCGUAAUUUCCUGUUUUCUUGGAGGAAUCCUCGCAGCAUUCGUAGGAGUGGCGUUAACAGCAAGGAGAUCUGUUGGAGAAUGUGAAAACGGUGAGUGCAUAGAGCACGUGGCAGACCACGUCGAAAGGGGUGCGGGAAAAGGACAAAGGAAGGGGCAUUGGCUACCCCCUCCUCCUCCCUUUCCCCUUUUUGCGCAAACUAUGCAGGCUAGAGAGUGCAUAGUGCGCAUGCUCUCCACGCUCGUCUACAUUAGUUUCGUGCAGGGGGGGUUGGGGGAGGCUGGUUUCGUUUGAUACUUGAACACAAUUGAACACAGCGAUCGGAUUUUGUUUUUCAAGUCAAACUGGAUUUGUCAUUGGCGAUAUUAUUUCCAAUAGUCCUAGUCUCCCUGCCUGGUUAUUUUAGAGUUUCCCAGUAUUCUUCUACUAUAGCAAAGCAAGCUUUUUAAGACCAAACUGUCCAAAGCAGAAAAAACGAUUUUAUGUAUCGACCGACAAGAUGCCUUUAUAUCACAACACUUAAUGCCGGUUGUGAGACCUGAAUUAUCUUGCGAUCAACUCGUAACACACAGCGGCAUGUAAUAAUUUUCUUGUCUUCUUCUUCUUUUUGUUUUCAUUUAGUGUAUUGUCCGUAUGAUACAGAAUCAAUUCUCAUGAUCGCAUUGAUCAGUGUCUUGAUCCUUCAAGCUGCUAUUGCUCUGUCGGGUGUAAUAGAGUCUUCACAGUUACUUUGCUGUACUGUUGAAGUAAGUGUGAGAGUGUGUUAAUUUAAUUUAUGCGUAUUCAUAAUGACAACAGAAUUUGGCGCUUAAAACUUUGAGCCGUUACAGUGGGUGAGGUAAAAACUUUAAAUUUCCUUUUACUAAGACAAUUUUCGACAUCUCCCCUUCUGUUCUUGACAAAGGCCGUCAAGAAAAAACCAUACCGUCCACUCUCUCUAAAAAGGUAAAAUGCUUUUGAAGGAGAAUUUCUAGAGAUGAGGGAGCUUGAGCUGGAGUAUUAAAAGAGUUUGCUUUUCUAGGAACAGAACCGCUAAUUAGCCACACACUCAUGAUAUUUGAAGCAAAAUAACAACGAAACACAAACUUAUUACCUGUGGGUGUGUUACAAAAUGUCCAUUGCAAAGGUUCGACCUCUAGCAGGCCAAUAUUAGGAUAUGUCAGCGUGCAAAGAAAGUCGAGUCCGAUCGCCUGGGGCUAGCGGAUUUUGCUAUCGGACUAGAAAUAUUUGUUCUUAACUUGCCCGACGGGCAAGUGAAGUUUUUUGGGGAAAUUCAAAUUAGAGAAGGUUUGCACCCUGAAUUUUCACACCAGACCGGAUAAUCGGAUUGCCUUUCGCGAGGUGAUCGGGUAUAAUGUGAAUACCUAUCCGAUAUGUGACGCUCCCCUUUGGAAAUUAACGCGGCGCACCUUCGCUCCGUUGCAGAAAUCGCGCCCAAUUCAUGUGUGAAGAGAAACCCUAUCUGGCAUGGCUUUCGUGCCGGUGCAAAAGCUAUCGUGUAUGGCAUUGUGAAACAUAGCCUUUAGAGGAAUAAUGAAAUAUUAAAACAUUUAAUUAUGCAAUACUUUCCCUAUCUCUAGUUAGCUAGCUCUGAGUGGCGACAGACACACCGCUUGUUCUAAGCUGGUACUUGUUUCAUGUUUCACUCUUACAGACAACAUUAUUUUACAUGCAAAACUGACGUCGUUUAUACAAAAAUUAAAAUUUGCCCUUACAAAAGUGACGUCAUUUUCUUGUUCCAGUUUUUCGCAUGAAGCCACUUGUUAAAACGCAAGCUGCCAACAGUUGGAGCAACAACUUUUGCCAUUUUAAACAUCUUUGAAAAGUACUUUUCAAAACCAGCGCUAGGGCUUUAGUAGUCAAUGCUCUUGGUUUUUGGCCAUCUCAGUUUUAAAAGGAAUAACAUACAAACUGCGGUUACAAACAUCAGAAAUAACAAACGCACUGUAUAACUGACUUUUAUAAUAUCGAACUUGUCGUUUGGUAUGCUUCAACAUACAUCUUCAGAAGUGACCGUUAACAUGAGUAAGUAAUUAACGUGAAGGAAGUCAAGGUAGUCAAUAACCAAGUUUUGUUGGCAAAUGUGCUAUGGGACUGGAACUUUAAGAGAGUACAAAAGUUGACAAAAGCUAAGCUAAGGUUGAACGCUUUGAAACGGUUGUGAGCAAAUUGAUGUGUCGUUUAGCUCAUUCUUCCUAGUUAGUGUUUAUGUCUCUGUUUUCUAUUCAACUUAAGCUCAUUUAUGUAACUGAAAAAACUCAUUGUAUUCGGUUACCAAAGAUAACGAGAAUUAUCAAGACUCGGUUUGUGUGGUUAUCUGCUUCAGUCUUCCAAUAACAACCGCAGCAUUGAUAAUUCUUGUUAUUAUUCUCAACCUCACCUAAUUAUUGUCAGUCUGUAGUGGGUUAGUCAAUCGCCACAUGAUGGUAGAAAAGUUAGAACCCCUCUUUCAAAGGAGCCGACUGACCUGAUGAUCUGUGUUACGGCAGAAGCUCAGUACAUAUUCAGUGUCGGGAAUCGCUUAAGUUAAAAACGAAAACAUCCUCGGACUCUCUUAUUUGUGUCACUUCAGAGUUUUUCUGUUUCUGCCCGGGGGUUGGUGGUAAGGAAAGUUUACCUGCUGACUCGGAUUCCUGGAGCACGAAACUGAAAAUGAGCUUGCGCAAACUACCUCCACAAAACUGUCCAAAACUUGAACUUCGGCAUUUUCUCCUAGAGUCUUGCAACAACGGCGAAGAAAUGUACAAAAAGAGAUUUUAUUUUGAUAUCCUCGUUGCCGCCACCGCCGCCAUUGCUUAAUUAGGCUCUCUAAUGGAGAGCAGGAGGUGGAGGUGAAGUGAAAUAACAUGCCUCCCACCAAGAGCCAUUAUGACCCAUUACGGCUCUUGAUCCCACCAAUGUGGCACGACUUGCCGGAAUCCCCGGAUGUUGGUUGAGUGCAUUGUUGCGGGGUCUAGUCCUUGCUCCGAGAUAGAUCGGUUUCCCUUAAUUCGAAUUGGACUGUAACACACAAAACUUAUCAAGAGGGUUUUUAAGAGCUUGUAUGACGCUCGUGGGAAAACAGAUUACUUUUUUGAAACCAAAAUCUCUCUUUUUCAGGAGGAUCACGUGUCCGUUGUGUCAAUCGGGAAUUCAGCGCGGGAUCAAAGGAAACAGAGACUAAGAUCUGAGCGAGUUACCCAGAAACUUAAAAAAGAUGGAUUCUUUGCUGCAAGCUACGAUACUUCGUUUGAUGAUGCAUCAACUCGAUUCUAUGGUUUUAGGAACGGGAAAAAGAGCUACCGGGUGUGUGAACUAGGAACAACAGUCUGA